UUCUUCAUACUUCACACACAACUAUAAAUACCUUCUCUUCAUGCUUCUCAUUCCAAUAACAAUAACACAUAAACUUUAUCCAUGGCGCUUUCUAAACUCCUAGUUGCUUCCCUUCUCGCCUCGCUUCUCGUUCUUCAUCUCGUCCAUGCCGAUCAAUCGGUGCAACCACAAACGCAGGCUUCUCUUCUUCAGCAGAUAGACUGUAACGGAGCGUGUGGUGCGAGGUGCCGUUUAUCAUCUCGUCCUCGUCUCUGCCAAAGAGCUUGUGGAACUUGUUGCAGACGCUGCAACUGCGUGCCACCUGGCACCGCCGGAAACCAAGAAAUGUGUCCCUGUUAUGCUAGCUUAACCACUCGUGGUGGCAAACGCAAGUGCCCUUAAACUUCAUGCACCACACUUUCAUAUUAUAUUUAUUAUAUCAUCAAAUAAUAUAUAACACUAUAUAUAUAGAUAUAUAUGAUGCGUUCUUGAGUGAAGGGUGAAAGAAUAAUGUUCGGAACUAUCGAACCCCUUUUUCAAUUGUUGUUGAAUCAUUGAGUGUUGACGUGGAUAUGUAUAUUUAGACAUUACAAAAGUUAAGAACUAUGUUGUGGAAUUCUCAUUACUUUUUCUUAAGGUUGUAUUGUACUUGCUUUCGUUGUAAUGUUUCAUCGUGUAUAUCAAUAAGAGUUAUUAUUUUAUGACUUCGUCAUUUUA